AUGAAUGCCCAAACAACCACUGCAGUUAAGGGAGGCGCGGGUAGUAUGUCUACACCCACCAACAACCUUAAUGAGGUUACCACACAAAAUAGACGUAGUUCCCAAGAAGGCACACUUUUCUCGGGUCUGCGAAAUCAAAAACGGUCUAGUAGUGAUGCGGCAUCCAUUGCUCGACGACAGAGUUUCGCGGAUCAGGCUCCUAAGGCGGGUUUUGUGGGGAAAAUGUGGGAGAGUUUUGUUAAGGGUCCUUAG